ACCUCCAAAGUUAUGAAUGACUUCGAUCCUAGAGAUAAUACAGUAUUCGCAGCCAGUGACGAUGCCAAUCUCUGUUACUGCGCCUUCGCAGCGCGUUCCUGUUUUACCAUUGACGCAAGAGACCUUUGCGCCCUUUGGUACCGUCGUCGAAAACCCCAACCCCACCACUCUUCCUCCACGAUCUUCCAACCAGACAGCAGCGAGUCUAGGGACUCAGCCUCCGCCUUCACCCAUUCCCGUCGUUGUUGCUAACCAGGGCACUGCUCUAAAAUACCUCGAUGUUACGCUCCAAACCGAUCUCUAUGGCAAGGCGCCUAGCGGGAAGCCGUCACGAGCAAUCAUGACCAUGUUCGUUUGCGCGCCGCGGAACCUCCGCCCCGAUCCCAGUUCCCCCGAAGUCUCGACCGAAAAAGCCACUUCUAUUGAAGGCCUUUUUGACGUCUCGAUCCUCGAGCGCCACCCUUUUACCCAGCAAACAUUUGUACCCAUGGGUCUCAGCGCGGAGGACCCUGACACCCGUUAUCUCGUCCUCGUUGCACCGACACUUCCUGUAGCUCAAGGCGAUGCCAAGACGGCAUCAUACCCAACGCCGUGUCCACCACAGAAAUCCGGAUGGGGCUUGAAAAGCCUAUUCUCGCGGUCUCCUGCUGAAGCAGAAAAGACCGGAUCAGCCGGCAAAGGCCCCGGUCUACCGGACCUGGCCAACAUCAAGGCGUUUGUGGCUACUGGAGCUCAAGCAGUCACCUACGCGGCGGGCACAUGGCAUGCGCCCAUGGUUGUCCUGGGCAAGCGCAGUGUCGAUUUUGUGGUCACUCAGUUCGCCAACAGCGUAGGCGAUGAAGACUGUCAAGAGGUCGAGAUUCAGCCUGAAACUCCCAAUGGUGCACUUGCGGUCGUGGUUCCAAAGCAUGAGAUAACGCAGACUACUGCCCUGGCUAGGGCGAAGCUAUGAUUGAAUGGCAAUGCUCAUUAGCUUUGAUCUGCAUGCCUGUCCAAGGGACUCCGUUCAUAUCUUUACAUAUUCCUCAUUUGUUUAUCGGAGGGUAUGCCAUUGACAAAAGGCCUCCUUACCGGUCCAACAC